AUGCUUCACUUCGCUGAUCCUGAAGCAUACCACGACAUCUACAACAACAGGAACCGCUGGGACAAAGAGUCGCGUCUCUACAAAAGCUUCAACGAGGACAGGUCCAGCUUCGGCUUCCUCACCUACGCCGAAGCCAAAAACCGCAAAGAUGUGCUAGGUCGAUCGUUCUCACAGACAGCAAUCGAAGGUGCUGAGCCCCUGGUUGUCAAGCAAACGAAAGCGCUCUGUGAGGCCUUCGAACGGCAGACCAAAGCUGGAAAAAGCUCGGAUCUGUUAUAUGCUUUCCGCUGCAUGAGCAUGGAUGUUAUCACAACUUUUUGUUUUGGCAAGCCGAUUUAUGCUGUGGACGCACCUGGUUUUCAGGCUCCAAUCGUCAUGGCUAUGGACGCAUCACUACCCGUUUUCGUGGGGUUUAAAUAUUCCGACCUGUUCAAGAACAUGAUCUUGAAGUGCCCGCCGAAAUUGUCUAAGGUUCUUAGUCCGGCCACUUCGGGACUCGUCGACCUCCAGCAGUUGCUCCUCCAUCAAAUUGACGACCUGACCAACGAUCCAGAGAAGCUCAAGGCUCUUCCACACAACAUGACGAUCUAUCAUCGACUGUUGGAUGCCGACGCCUAUCGCGACAAGACAACCCCUUCUGCUGGCAGCUUGUACGAGGAGGCACAAGCACUAAUGUUCGGCGGCGCAGACACUGUCGGCAAUACCCUUAUGGUGGGGGCUUACUACUUGCUUCAGAAUCCAGAAAAGCAACAAACGCUCAAGAAGGAACUUUUAUCCAUCUGGCCAUCUUUGAAUGGACCAGAGCCGAGAGUACGAGAUCUCGAGAGCUUACCAUACCUGAAUGCAGUCAUCAAAGAGUCUCUGCGACUGUCGUCGGGUGUGAUCUCAGGUCUUUUGCGAGUGGUGCCACCCACGGGCGCGAGGAUCGCAGGCAUUGAUGUACCACCUGGGGUAAAUCUACACAACCUCACCGAAUACAUACUCACGCUAAUGGGUUCACAGACAGUUGUAUCGAUAGGCAGUACCUUCGUCCAUUACAAUGCCGCCAUUCACCCCGAGCCAGAUAAAUUCGUUCCAGAACGCUGGCUCGAAUCCACCCAUCUAGAUGACUGGCUCGUCGCCUUCUCCCGUGGUCCGAGGAUGUGUCUUGGCAUCAAUCUUGCUUGGGCAGAAUUGCGCCUUGGUUUUGCACAUGUGUAUCGGAAAUUCGAUCUGGUUCCUGCGCAUCCGCUGUAA